UAUGUAAUAAACUUAUAAUCCCGAUGAAAGAAUGCAUAUUGAGUUAUUUUUGGCAGCAAGACAAUUGCCCAAUCUUGAAUUCUUUUCGAAGAGUGAUCCUUAUCUAGAACUCUAUUAUUCAUUGGCUGGACAACAGGAGCAAUUUCUGGGCAGAACAGAAACCGCUGAUUGUAAUUUAGAUCCCAAUUGGGAAAAGACAUUUGAUGUUGAAUAUUGGCCAGACUUGACUUAGAUGUUAAGAUUCUAAAUCUUUGAUCAAGACAGAAUGGGCAGAGAAUUUAUGGGAGAAACAUAGGUAACCAUAAAGGACAUUUUGUAAUACAAAAAUUCAUUAAUUUAACUAUAAAUCAAGAGAUAUGACAAAGCAGCAGGGUCUUUAAUUUGCAAGGCAGUGCUUUUUAAGGAAUCCAAUCAUUCUGUAUAAUGGCAAUUUUGUGGGAUUAAUCUUAAAAACAUGGAUGGCAUAUUUGGUAAGACAGAUCCAUUCUUAAAGUUUUAUUUGUUUUCAGAAGGAGUAUGGUGUCAAAUUCAUUAAACAGAAUACAUUAAAGAUGAUCUCAAUCCUAAAUGGAAGGAAUUUGAAGUUUCCCUUUAAAGAUUAUGUUUCAAUGAUGAAAAUAAAAAAUUCAAAAUAGAAUGCUUAGAUAGACAUGAGAAAGGCAAGAAUAAUUAGAUUGUAGGUUCAUUUGAAACUACCAUUGAUGAAAUUUUUAAUAAAAAUGUGGAUUCAUUUUAGUUAAUCUAACCGAAAGGAGGAUCUGCUGGUACAAUUAAAAUUCUAAAUAAAAAAAGAAUAUAUAGAGCUAACUUUGAUGAUUACAUCAAAUAAGGCACUAAAUUUAAUGUAAUUAUUGGAAUUGAUUACUCCUCCAACAAUGGUGUACCUUCUUUUCCAGAUUCAUUGCAUACCUACAUUGAAAAGAAUAACAUUUAUUUAAAAGCAUUAAAUGACAUCGCUAAAGUAGUAGAAAUCUACGACAUUAAGAAAUUGAUUGCUUUGUAUGGAAUUGGAGCUGAACCUCACUUUUCUAAUUAUAAUUGCAAUAGUUAUUAAACACUCUUCCCAUUGACUGGAGAUUUCUAAAAUCCUUAAGUAAUUGGAUGUCAAGAAGCUGUCAAUGCUUAUCAGAGUAAACUUCGAGACAUUGUUGUUAAAGGAGAUCUCCAACUUGAAGAUUUCAUUAAGUAUGUGUAGACUGUAGCUGAACAUAAUGCAGGGAAGCUAAUUUAUACAAUAGCUGUAAUUAUAGGAUAGGAAUAAAUUACAGAUUUAUAAGUGGUGUAGAAUUUAAUUUUAAGUGGUACAGAAUAUUUGUAUAAAUUAGGUUAAAAAUUACCUUAUUCUUUGAUGUAUGUUGGAGUUGGAGAAGAUGAAUUUAAGGACAUUAAAUAAAUCAAUGAUCUUAUAAACUAAUAAAAUCCACCGAUUAGAAAUAACUUCACUUUUUAUUAGUAUUAAAAAGAACUUCCAUCCAGUCUACUUAAAAAGCAUUUAUUGAAUGAUUUGCCAAAACAAGUUGUUUCAUAUCAUUAAUGA